AUGCCAGGGCUGAUCAACUGGACCACCUGCUCCCCACUGCCCCUCACCACGUCGGAGGUGACCUCGUGUGUCAGUGGCUACGCCUUUGGGAUGACAGCCUUGCUCACCUACCACAACCCAGAAGCUCAGGCUUUUGAAGGUCUCUUUGUAUACCCCCUGGAGGAGGGCACCACCAUCGUGGGGUUCGAGGCGGCCGUGGCCCGGAGAGCCAUCACCGUGCAGAUCAAGGACAAAGCCAAGCUGGGGGACAGAUGCUUUGAGGGCUGCCACCCCACCGAGGGGAGAGCUCCUGAUGGAAGUGGAAGGCUCGCGAUGGACGAGGACUUGGAGAGGAUCGCUUUCGUGGCUAACCUGGGCAUCAUUCCUCCCCUGGAGAGCGUCUCCAUCUUCAUCAGCACCUCCUCUGAGCUGCAGACCCUGCCCAGCGGGGCUGUGAGGGUCCUUCUGCCAGCUGUGUGUGUCCCCAGGGUCCCUCAGGCCAGCCUGGAGAGCACCAGCAGCUUUGUCAGCCACCAGCUCCGAACGGACAAGAACCACUGUGGAUUGAAGAGGCAGGAGCAAGGGAGCAGGACUUGCUUGGCUCAGCUGCUGGAGAGGGAGGCCACCAACCCCUUUGAGUACGAGUUCAGCUUCCAUCUGGAGAUCCGGGGGCCAUGCCUGCUGGCAGGUGUUGAGAGCCCUACCCACGAGAUCCGAGCGGACGCCGACCCCGCGGCUCGCUCCGCCAGGAGCAUCAUGAUCACCCUGGCCAACAAGCACACCUUUGACAGGCCUGUGGAGAUCCUCAUCCACCCAAGUGAGCCCCACAUGCCUCACAUCCUAAUGGAAGAAGGUGACAUGACUCCUGCAGAGUACGAACGACACCUGAAGGGGAAGAAUGAUUUCAUCAAAGGCACUAAGAAAGACUCCAGUGCAGAGAAAAAGACAGAGAUCAUCAGGAAGAGGCUGAACAAGGACAUCCCCCACCACCCUGUCAUCAUGCUCAACUUCUGCCCUGACUUGAGGGCCAUCCAGCCCGACCUCCAGAAAGCCCAAGGGGAGUUCAUCUUCCUCAUAGACUGCAGCAGGAGCAUGAGUGGAGUGCACAUCAGCCGUGUCAAGGAGGCCCUGUUGGUCACUCUCAAGAGCCUGAUGCCAGCAUGUCUCUUCAAUAUCAUUGGGUUUGGAUCCACCUUCAAGACCUUGUUUCCUGCCAGCCAGGUUUACAGUGAGGAGAGCUUGGCCGUCGCCUGCGAGAGCAUCAGGAGGCUCCGAGCUGAUCUGGGUGGCCCCAACCUCUUGUCCCCUUUGAAGUGGAUCAUCAGACAGCCCCUCCACAGGGGCCACCCCCGCCUGCUCUUCCUGCUGACCGAUGGAGCCAUCAGCAACACGGGGAAGGUCCUGGAGCUGCUGAGAAACCACUCCUGCUCCACCCGCUGCUACAGCUUCGGCAUGGGGCCCAACGCCUGCAGGAGGCUGGUUGGGGGGCUGGCCGCUGUCUCCAGGGGCAUCGCUGAGUUCCUGGCAGAGGGCGAGAGGCUGCAGCCCAAGAUGAUCAGGUCGCUGAAGAAGGCCAUGGCCCCGGUCCUGAGCGAUGUGUCUGUGGAGUGGCUCUUCCCUGAGAGCACUGAGGUCUUGGUUUCCCCCAUCAACACCAGCUGCCUCUUCCCUGGGGACCGCCUGGUGGGCUACAGCGUCGUCUGUGACACCUCCUCCUACGUCUCCAACCCCAGAUCUGACAAGAGGCGGCGUUACAGCAUGAUGCGCUCCCAGGAGUCGGGCAGCUCUGUGUUCUUCCACUCCCAGGAGGAGGGAGCAGGCCUGGAGAGCUGGAACCACUCCAGAGACUCAGAGAGCUGCUGCCCCACCGAGUGUGGCCCCAAUCACCUCGCGGUGGGCAGAGACCCCGAGGGAGAAUCAGACACAGACACCGGAGCAGAAGUGAAGGCCUCCUGCCGGCGCCGUGCGUACAGCACCACGCAGAUCGCCGAGCGUGAGCCCUGCAGGAGGCUGCCCACGGCCAGCGACCCUGGCACCGCCCUGCUGAAGAACCCCCUGCGGAAAACCCACCUGCAGGACCUGCAGCAGACCAGCCCUGAGCCCUGGCAGGUGGAUUUCCAGCCCUUUGCAGCCUCUGCCACGAGGAUCCUGGGGGCAGGAGCCCGAAGGCCAUCCCUGCUCCACCACAGCUGUGUGUCCUUCUGCCACGAUGGUGACAUCCCAGCAGGGCCAGAUGGGCUGCAGGGAAGGGCCUUGGGGCCACUGGAUGCCAGCAUCAGCCUGAGGUCUUCCUCGGGGAGCAGGAGCCCUGGAGACCUGGAGUCUGCCCAGCAUCCUUCCUUCACCUUUGAAACGGAGACCUCCUCCGACUGGGAGCCUCGGGACUGCGACCCGGGGGCUGCCCGCAGCUCCCCCAGCAGCUUCUGCAAGGCAGUGGUGAAGGGGCUGAGGAGCAACGAGCCCGUGCAGUGGGAGGUCACCUUUGACAUCCACCCUCUCUUCCAAGAGAGGGAGAGCCAGGUGGAUGAGGACACAGACCUGUGGAGUGAGACCUUCCACCACCUGGCAGCCAAGUCAGUGAUCAGGGACUUCGAGCAGCUGGCGGAGAAGGAGUGUGAGAUCGAGCACGGGUCCGGGCGGCGCUACCAGGUCAACGCCGUCCACACCAGCAGGGCCUGCAACGUCAUCAGCAAGUACACAGCGUUCCUGCCUGUGGACCUCAGCACCAACAGCUACCUGCCCACCAUCGUGGAGUACCCCCACAUGGGUGCAGCAGCCAAGCAGGGCAGCCAGAGGAGCUCAGGAAGCAGGAGGCACCGUGGCUCUUCUCCUGGCCACCCCCAGCCAGCCUGUGGGCAGCAUGGAGAUGAUGGAUUCCAUGGCAUGGAUGUGGAGGAGAGCAGCCCCUGCAGCACCUCUCCCUCCUCAGCCUGGGAGCGCUGCCGGCUCCCCGAAGGGCCUUUACAGAGCCUGGCUGCUGCUUCUGCACAAGCUCCAAAGUCCAUUGAGAGCCUCUUUGCUCCGAGGCUGAGCCUCGACAAAACCAGGCUGCUGAUUCGAGCUGCCAAAGGCUUCAUGAGCAAAUCUCCAAGCAGAGGGAGUGAAGCCAGCUCUGAGGCUGACAAUGAGAGCGCUGACUACCUGCCCCUGGCCUCUCUGCAGCUGGCCUGCGGUGCCUUCCUCCUCGACUCAGCCUUCUGCGCCGCCGUCAGCAUCCCCAUGGAGAAGCUCAAGUGGACCUCUCCUUUCGCCUGCCACCGCCUGGCCCUCAGCCCUUCCAGCUCCUACAGCGCCAAGAAGACCUCUCCCUGCGGGGAGCACCCCAGCCCCAGCUCCAGCCAGCAGCUCCUGGUUCCUGAUGGGCACAGGAAGAGCCCCACCGCCCCCAGAGACGCCGGCACCGGCGCCGGGCCGGAGGCUGCCGGCCGCCUGCGCCACUCCUCGGGCAGCGCCGUGGAGAGCAUCUCCAGAGCCCUGAAGGCUGAGAAGGAACUGUCCCCCCCGGCCAUCACCAUCCGCCGCUUCUCCUCCCCGGAGUGGCCAGCCGGCGGCAGCCAGGCCUCGGCGAUGGACAGCUCCAAGGUGCAGCAGCUGCUCUCCGCCGUGGAGCUGCAGCGGCAGACGGAGCCGGAGGGGAUGCUGUGGGCCACGGCCGUGGCCUUGGCUUGGCUGGAGCACAGCUCAGCUUCCUACUUCAUCGAGUGGGAGCUGGUGGCCGCCAAAGCCAGCCUGUGGCUGAGCCAGCAGGGCUUCCCCGAGGGAUCCAGCCUGGCCACGGUGAAGGCUGCAGCCCAGCAGCUCUUUGUCCUGCUCCGGCACUGGGAUGAGAACCUGGAGUUCAACCUGCUGUGCUACAACCCCGGCAGCGUGUGAAGAG